AUGAACGGUCCCGCCAACGGUCCGAUCACCGGUCCUUUCAUCUCCAAGCCUUGCGCAUCCGACGAGGCUCUGGAGACUGUAGAAAACUCCCACAUCUCUAUGGCGAAGUAUAAAGUCGGACGCCACGUCUACGGUUGCGGUCAUGGUUAUGAUAGCGUCUGCUUACGUGCCCGCUGCCGAUUCUUCGCAGCCGUCGAGCCAGAGAAUCCUAACGCUGUCAACUAUUGCGAUAAUAUACGGCGCGAGAAGGUACUGAUCCCAUUCCUCGCUUGCCGCGAUGAUCUAGCAGCGCAAAACUUAAUUCAGCAACCUACCUAG